CCCGUCCUGGACCCUAAUUUGAACGUGGCUGGUUCCAAAGUCUGAACUUUCCUUGGAGAGUGGGUGACUCCCAAGAGAAGUUAGAUUCUGGACACCCAUGUCUAAGGCUUGCCUGGAUUUUGACUCACCAGAGGUGGAGGGAGGCCAGGCCAGAGGCUUCGAGAAGCCCCAGCGAGGGGCUCUGGGGCCCACAGUCCGGCUCAGAGGAUGAGGGUAUUGAGGGUAUCCCUUGCAGUGGCCAGAGCUCCCCUGGGAACAAAGGGGCCGGGCCUCAGGGCCUCUGGUUUCCAGGGCAGUUGCUUCCAGCAUACCAAGGACGCUUGGCGGGCCCUGGGCCCGGUUCUGCCAGGCUGGCAGGAGAGCAGGGGCAUUUCUAGGAGGGCCUGACUUUCUCCAUCUUCCCGUUCCCACGCCCUGGCUUUGCCCUCUUUGGGGGUGGGGUUGGGUGACAGGGAGUGGCCUGCCUUCAACACAUUCCCCUCCCGGGUGUCCAGGUUGCACCUUGUAAAUCGGAUUCCUGCUUUUUAGGGGAUUUAUAGCAUCGCAAUGAUGCUUCAGUUCCUUCUGAUUUAUUGGCAAAGACAGCAGCUUCCAAUCCUGGCCUAACAGUUUUUGGGGGUGCUGGUGGUUCAGGGAUGUGAGGGGAAGAAACUUAAAAUGGUUUCCUCCUUGAAAGAUGCUCAUCUCUAAAGAAAACCUUGGGUGAAUUGUUUUUGGAACGGGAAUCUUAAGAGUUAAGGGAAAGCUUCCAUUUCAAGCUUCCAUCUCCUGUCUUGGUGAGGACCAAAGGGCGUUGCAUGUAGUUGAAGAGGGAGUUAGGUCAGGGAGGAGGAUUUGAGCAUACCGCCUGGCUGGAAUACUGGCUCUAAGCUUGGAGAAGUUAUCUAACCGUGUAGAACCUCAGUUUCCUUAUCUGUAAAAUGGGACUAUGACCCCACAGGGUUACUGUGAGUGCUAGAUGAGCUGAUGCCUGGAAAGGGAGCAUAUGACUGGGAGAAACAUCACGAGUGCCCAGAAGUACUUGCUUUCCUUCGUGUUAUUUCGCCCAUAGUGCUCAGAACAGCACCUGGCUCAUGCUAGAUAAUAACAUGCUUGUGAAUAAAUACAAAGGAAAUAUGGCUGAAUGAAACAGCACUGCCGCUAAAGAAUGGACUCCAGAAUAAUUUAAAAAUAUUACUAUGCAUGAAUAUUGGUGAUUUUCCAUACCUGUUCUCUAAAGAUGUUCACAUUUGUCUUGGGGCCCUUGGGCAGGGCAGGCCUGCACUCUGCAUGGGCUGGGGGAGGGUCACAUAUAAAGCUGAGAAGCUCUUCUCGGUGGGUCCUCCAAGCAACCCAGCUGAUGGAGAAAGCGUCUUCUGCUGUCACAGGGUGAGGCAGUGUGGGAUGGGUGCAUUUGUCGGCUCACACGGGAGGUUCCCAAGAACCUCUGACUGUGCCUUUCCCCUAUUUACUGCCACCUGCUUCCUCUAAGUACCAAGUAGGGUUUCACACUUAAAACAGGACUCCCAGGACCGCCGCCAGCCCACUGCCGUCACCCCAGCCUCUGUGCCCAUCCCUAAGCUUCAGCAUGUUUCUUCCCCACUAAACUGAUGGUAAAAGAGCCACAGCGCCGGCACAAGUGUCUGAUCCAGAGCGACUCGAGUCUCUCCUACUUCUUACCUGCUUACCAUGCCCAUUGGUGCAGUCUCUGAGCCUUAGUUUCAUCAUCUGAACAAUGGGAAUGAGGACCCUGACCUUCCAGCAGGGGCUCUCAGGAAAACAGACUCUCUCCCUGGUGUGGAGAGCUGGGUGAGUGAGCUGAACCUGACAGCACUCAUUUGGGAAAUGAGGACCCACUCGUCCCGCCCCCAAGGGGGAUUGUGCCCAAUAGUGAACGUGGGAAGAAUACUCACAAGGCGCAGGCCUUCACCCAACCUCCACGAGCCCCGUAGUUCAACCAGACCAGACAGCAAAGGGAAGAAGCAUGCUCUAAAUCUCAGAAGUCAUCUGAACGUCGCCCUCUAACAUCCGGUGCCUCCCACACUGAUUCACAAAUGAGCAGGGGACGUUAAUUGUGUGCAUGUCUGAAGGCCAUAAAAGGGUAACCUGGAGGAACAGUAAGUCAGAUCUCCUUGGAGGGAAGGAGUGUGGGCUCUGGGGAACCUGCUGGAUGAGGGUUAAGCCAGGCAUGUGAGUUCGGGCAGGUUUCUCCUCCUCUCUGUCCCUCAGCUUUCUUGCCUGUGAAAUGGAACCAAUUCUGGCUUCCACGUAAAGUUCUUGUGGAGCACUGAUGAGCCAAGGUAGGUAAACUGCUUAGCGCUCAGGAAAUACUCAUUGGAUACUCACCAAAACAACGCUGCGACCUUGGUGCUUUGACUUAGGGUUUGCAAAGAGCGUGAGGGUCAGGGAUGCUCCCUGGUCCACUUUUGCUUUGAGUUUCAGGUAGCCGCUCUCCUCUCUCUGUGUGUGUGGAAGAGGACCCUCGCUUCCUUUCUGUCCCUUCCUCCCGGGCUUCAGCGGGUGGGCUGCCUCCACUGAGCCGCCGCUUCCACCUGGAGAUCUGGGUCUGCUGGCCACGGGACUGCCGCACAGGCUGUGACCGCCGGCGAGGCCUGGAGAGCCGGCGGCUGCGGACUGCCCGGCGCGGAACAGCACCCCUUUGGGGAUCCUCCCAACCCAGGGAUUGAACCUUGCAUCUCCUGAAUUGGCAGGCGGAUUCUUUACCACUAGCACCACCUGGGGAGCACCCCCUUCAUCAGUGGCCAAGAGAAAAUCCUGGAGGCCACUGGGGCCUGGGAAGGGGUGUUUCUCAGCAGCCCCUGGACCCUGUCUGCUCUGGGCCAGCUGCCUCUGAGGGAGUCCAAGACCCCCAAGAGUCCUCCACUGGAAUAAGCUGGUCACCUGCAUCUGUAAAUUGGGUGGGGAGCACAGGAAGGGCUUGAUGCCAUUGUCCACCUUCCCCAGCCCGGUGGCCAGAGGUUGCUAGCAGCCCACCCACUCAAGACCUCACAUGCUGGAGAAGCAGCCCCAUGAAGGUGCCCAGCCAUGCAAUGUUCCUGGAAGGCCGUCCUCCUCCUUGCCCUGGCCUCCAUCGCCAUUCAGUACACGGCCAUCCGCACCUUCACGGCCAAGUCCUUCCACACCUGCCCGGGCCUGGCGGAGGCCGGGCUGGCCGAGCGGCUGUGCGAGGAGGGCCCCACGUUCGCCUAUAACCUCUCGCGCAAGACCCACAUCCUUAUCCUGGCCACCACGCGCAGCGGCUCCUCCUUCGUGGGCCAGCUCUUCAACCAGCACCUGGAUGUCUUCUACCUGUUCGAGCCUCUCUACCACGUGCAGAACACGCUCAUCCCCCGCUUCACGCAGGGCAAGAGCCCCGCCGACCGCCGGGUCAUGCUGGGCGCCAGCCGGGACCUCCUGAGGAGCCUCUACGACUGCGACCUCUACUUCCUGGAGAACUACAUCAAGCCGCCGCCCGUCAACCACACCACGGACAGGAUCUUCCGCCGCGGGGCCAGCCGCGUGCUGUGCUCCCGGCCGGUGUGCGACGCCCCGGGCUCGGGGGACCUGGUGCUGGAGGAGGGGGACUGCGUGCGCAGGUGCGGCCUGUUGAACCUGACGGUGGCCGCAGAGGCCUGCCGCGAGCGCAGCCACGUGGCCAUCAAGACGGUGCGCGUGCCCGAGGUCAACGACCUGCGGGCCCUGGUGGAAGACCCCCGCCUAAACCUCAAGGUCAUCCAGCUGGUCCGGGACCCCCGGGGCAUCCUGGCCUCCCGCAGCGAGACCUUCCGCGACACCUACCGCCUCUGGCGGCUCUGGUACGGCACCGGGCGGAAGCCCUACAACCUGGACGUGACGCAGCUGACCACGGUGUGCGAGGACUUCUCCAACUCCGUGUCCACCGGCCUCAUGCGGCCCCCGUGGCUCAAGGGCAAGUACAUGCUGGUGCGCUACGAGGACCUGGCCAGGAACCCCAUGAAGAAGACCGAGGAGAUCUACGGGUUCCUGGGCAUCCCCCUGGACAGCCACGUGGCGCGCUGGAUCCAGAACAACACGCGGGGAGACCCCGCCCUGGGCAAGCACAAGUACGGCACGGUGCGCAACUCGGCGGCCACGGCCGAGAAGUGGCGCUUCCGCCUCUCCUACGACAUCGUGGCCUUCGCCCAGAACGCCUGCCAGCGCGUGCUGGCGCAGCUGGGCUACAAGAUGGCCAGCUCGGAGGAGGAGCUCAAGAACCCCUCCAUCAGCCUGGUGGAGGAGCGGGACUUCCGCCCUUUCUCGUGACCGGGGCUCCCUGGGCGGGGGCAGGGGGCACACGGUGUCGGUUUUGAUAACAUGGACCGUUUUUAACUGUUGCCUUAUUUCCCCCUUCCCUCUCCCACCCCGUCUUUUGUGUCUUACCUGCCUCCUGUCCGCCCCGCCCCCCAACUUCCACCUGCCUCUCUUUGUCUCCGAAAUUUGCACUAUGUCUUGGACAGGAAUCCCUGGGGCAGAGGGGGCGGUGAAGUGGGGUCCAGCCCCCACCCCACCCCGUUCAGACACUCCGGUGUGUGUCUCUGGUGGAUGGUGACAAUGUUUACAAGCACCACACUUACACAUUCACAUACGCACGUGCACACACACACACACACACACACACACACACACACACACACACACACACACACGGGCGCCUGAGAGGAGAGACUCCCCAACCACACAACUUCUGAGGUUUUUUGAAUGGACGAGUGGUCAGGGUAUGGUAGUUUUUGCACUGUCUUACUUCAACAAGGUAAGAGGUUAAAAACAAAAAGACCACCUCUCUCUAAUUUAUGAAUGGUGUUUAUCCCUCCCCAUCCUGCUUCUGCCCCCCAAUACCCACUGCCCCCCACUCCAUGGAGCAGAGAAAACUGCCCCUUCCUGCCCACCCUUGCCUGUCAGUGAGCAGGUUUUUACUGUGAGGUGAAUGUGGACCUUGUUUAUUUCUUCCAGUCUGUGGCAACGCUGUCUGUCUGUCUGUCUGAGUCUUGUGGCUGCCCCUUGACCAGUGAUGGCUGAUAAAUAUUAUGGUUUUCUGAUUGAUCUUGGGGUCCAUCUGUGAUAUUUCUUUGUGCCAAAAAGAAAAAAAAAAAACAGUGGUUCAGUUUGCUAAAUGAACAUUGAAAUGCUUUAUCUGUGUUUUCUGUAAAUAAAAGAGUGCAAUAAUG